AAGGCAGGUUGGCAGGCAUGCACAGCAACAGAGAAUACUUGGCAGUACUUGUGUUCUGGGAGAAGCUGUAAUCCCUCAGUAUGGCCACUAGAUGGGGUAUCUGUGCUGCAGGAAAGAUUAGCAAUGAUUUCAUGGUUGCCCUGCAGACACUGCCAGCUCAGGAUCACCAGGCAGUGGCUGUUGCAGCAAAAGACCAGAAACAUGCUAAAGAAUUUGCAAAAACUCACAAUAUACCCAAAGUGUACAGUUCAUAUGAAGAGCUUGCCAAGGACCCCGAUAUUGAUAUUAUAUAUGUUGGUGUCCUGCAUAUCAUCCAUCGGGAUGUAGUUCUGAUGUAUCUGGAGCACAGGAAAAAUGUCAUAUGUGAAAAACCUCUGGCCAUGAACUCUACAGAGGUGAAAGAGCUCAUAGAAGCUGCGAGGAAAUACAAAGUCUUCUUUAUGGAGGCCAUGUGGAGUCGAUAUUUUCCUGUGUAUGAUCAGAUCCGUUCCCUCUUAUCCCAGAAGGCCAUAGGGGAUGUAAAGGUUGUCCGGGCAGAAUUUGGCUCUAACCAGCACCAUGUCCCCCGGGCAGUGGAGAAGGAGCUGGGAGGAGGGGCACUGCUGGAUAUCGGCUGCUACUGUCUCCAGUUUGCAUUAAUGGUAUUUAAAGGUGAAAAACCAGAAUCCGUGACUGCCAAAGGUUUUCUGUAUGAGACUGGUGUGGAUGAAACCGUGACAAUUAUUCUUCAAUAUUCAGGAAAACGUCAAGCAAUUCUGACCUGCACUAUCAUGGUGGCAAUGCCAAACCAGGCAGCCAUUUGUGGCUCAACAGGAAUGAUUCAGAUUCCUUCAUGCAUGUGGUGCCCUACCUCUAUUAUUCUCAAUGGCAAAGAAACAAAAUUUCCCCUUCCGCAUUCCAGUAAGCCUAUGCAUUUUACAAACAGCACAGGACUUAGCUAUGAGGCCGAGCAUGUGCGCCAGUGUCUGUUAAAAGGACUAAAAGAAAGUCCAUUAAUGACCUUGGCAGACAGUGAGUUGCUGCACACCAUCAUGGAUGAAGUCCGUAAGCAACUUGGAGUGCGUUUCCAACACGACAAAGUCUUAUGAUAAAGAGUGUUCUUUUAGGAUUAUGACUGUGAAACAAACAUUUAUUAAUAAUGAGAUAAAGAAAUAAUAAUAUAAUUAUUGGAAUCCUGCAUGUGCGUUUGUAUUACUUUCAGUAUAAUGUUAAAUUGGAUAAAUAUAACAAUUUGAAGGACAAAUGCAUUUAAACUGUAUUCUGAAGUAAAUGCAUUCAUAAAGCCUUAUUUUUAAA